AUGGGCAAGAAACGUGUUCUCGUUUGCUAUGGUGUCGAUAUCGAUGCUGUUGCCGGAUGGCUUGGAUCAUACGGUGGAGAGGACUCCUCCAACGAUAUAUCAAGAGGUCUCUGGGCUGGUACCAUCGGUGUCCGUCGUCUUCUGAAGAUGUUCGACAAGUACGGCAUCAAGGCUACUUGGUUCAUUCCCGGUCACUCCCUCGAGACUUUCCCCGAGGAGUGCGGUAUGAUUCGCGACGGUGGCCACGAAAUCGGUCUUCACGGCUACUCUCAUGAGAACCCCGCGGACAUGACUAUCGAGCAGCAGGCUGAUGUCCUUGACAAGACCUACAAGCUGCUCACCGACUUCUGCGGCAAGCCUCCUCGCGGCUCCGUCGCUCCCUGGUGGGAGACCUCAAAGGAAGGUGCCGAGCUUCUGUUGAAGUACGGAAUCGAGUACGACCACUCUCUCAGUCACCACGAUUGCCAGCCUUACUGGCUGCGUACUGGCGAUACUUGGACUAAGAUCGACUACACCAAGAAGGCCGAGGAGUGGAUGAAGCCGCUCAUUUAUGGCCAGGAUACCGGACUUGUCGAGAUCCCCGGUAACUGGUACAUUGAUGAUUUGCCCCCCAUGAUGUUCAUCAAAGCUUCGCCCAACUCGCACGGCUAUGUCAACCCUCGUGAUAUCGAGGAUAUCUGGAAGGAUCAUUUUGAGUACUUCUACAGAGAGCACGAUGAGUUCAUUUUCCCCAUGACCAUCCACCCUGAUGUCUCUGGCCGACCCCACGUCUUGUUGAUGCACGAGCGACUCAUCGAGUUCAUCAACUCCCACGAAGGUGUCGAGUGGUGCACUAUGGGUGACAUGGCCGCCGACUUCAAGUCCAAGAACAAGCCUCCUGAGGGCGCGCUUAUGCCUGCUGAGCCUGGUGCGUUCAUCAAGGCGCAAGCUGAGGCCGCCGGCGAGUAA